GUUAGGUUACUACCUAAUUCUAGACUGGCAUUCACAGGGAAUUCCACGUGUUGUAGGAGGAAUUGUUUGGAUCUGAAAAAUAUCUGAAUCUGUGUCCAGGGUGUCCAGCCAUGGCCAGUGAUUCCGGCAGUGACUACGAGGUGGAGGCCUUCAUCAAACCCAAGAGGAUCAGGAAGACUGUCAAUGAUGACAGCGCAGACCUGCUGGGCAAUUUCGAUGACCAGAAGCGCAAAGAGAUCUUCGAGGGAACUUACGUCGAUCCACGCAACCCCAGUGAUCAGGAGGAAAGUGAUGACGAUGGUGAGGAGGAGCGUUCCGAUGGAGAGCCUCGUGCAGAAGACAAGAGUGGGGGCUCAGAGUCCGAAGGCGACGUUGAAGAAACCGCUGGAAACGGCUCCAUAACAAAUGACCAGCUGAGCGCCCUACUCCGCGGAGCUUCCAAGACCAACAGACACGUUGUGUACGUUACCAACCUCAACUUUGAGACUACCAAGGAUGAUCUGGAGAACCACUUCGGCUCUGUGGGAAUUGUAAAAUCCAUACGCAUCCCAAAGAAACGCCGAGGAGGCUUCGCAUUCGUGGAAAUGGCAGACUUGCCGAGCUUCCAACGCAGCUUCCAGCUACACAACACCGAACUUCAGGGUCGGAACAUCAAGGUGCAGAUCUCCGAGGCAGGCAAGAAAAAGUCCGCUAACAAGAAAAACAUCAUCAAGCAGAAGAACCGAAAGCUGGCUGAAAUGCGCAAUGAGCAGAAGACCUUCACCAAGAGCGGAAAGUUCUACGACAAGGACCUCAAGAAGGAGAAGGCUAAGGAGCUUCUGGCCCGCAAGAGGUGGCGCAAGAAACCGGCCGCUCCUAGGUCCUAACUAAUUUAACUUAUAACCGAUAACUGUAGAGGAACUUACUUAUUAUUAAAAACAAAUUAAAGUACAACUAUCCAACAACUA